AGUCGAAGAGAGCAGGAGCUGCAAACAGCUCCUUUUGGGUUCACUUCAGAAGCGGACAGUUCAAAAGUUCUACCGUGUCAUAUCGAAUCGGUGUGUGAUUCACAAACCCCGAAGCUACGAAAAAUGAAGUCCAUCGUUAUUUUGGCGACAGUGUUCUGCGCGGCAUUAGUCAGCUCGUACCCACUUCCCGAAGGAGACCGACUUCAGUCCGAGGCACUGAAUCGGCUGGUGAUGAUCGAAGCCGACAACGAGACCGCCCUCAGGAGCAAACGGACGAUCGGUAUCCUGCGAGAACUGUUCCCCGAAGCUUCUCAGGAUGUGAACCCGGAAGCGGAGGACAGAGCGAACGAGGUGGCAGCCGAGUCGCAGAACAACGAGGUCAAAGUGCAGUUCGCGGACGAACAGGGCCACGAGAACGCGGCCGCGCCAUUGACGCCUCUCGACGAAGCUGAGAGCGAGGACGACGAGAACAGGAACAAAAGGUACCUCAACUUCGGCUUCGGUUUGGGCGGUUCCGGUAGCGGCGGCUCUGGCAACUUCCUCUUCGACAUAAUCAGGCAAGCGGCCGACGGGGCGGCAAGAGCGGCGGGCACGGUGUACCGCGUGGUGGCAGGUACGCAGAGCCUAGGGCUCGGCUUAAGCGCCUCUCGGGACUUGGGCCCGGUUCCCCAAGGUGCCGCCCCUGCUGCCGCUCCAGCUGGUUCCUCGACCACGGCGGGAUCCUCGACCAGCGCACCGGCCGCGUCAGGAGCCGGCAACCUACCACCGCUGGUGGCUGGUAGCGGAAGCCAUGGAAACUCCUCCGGUCACGUGGCUGGAAAAGUCGAUGAAACUCAAGAGACGAUUCCCGGACCAGUGACUAGGCUCUUCGUCAUAGCGAACAAGGGAAUUUCGAAUCUCAUACAGGACCUCAUUCUUCGCCUGGCAGCGACGAGCGAACGCAUCGUCAACUUCAAGGCAAGACUGAUCACUUCCAUUAUCUAGAGGAGGAUAAUGCACGAUAGCGAUGGGGUG